CGGAAUAUACAAGAAACAUGUUUGGAUGCAUAUCAUGUUUACAGCGAAGAUACUCUCUCCAGCCUGUGCCAGAGAGGAGAAUUCCAAAUCGAUAUUUAGGCCAGCCUAGCCCCUUCACACAUCCACACCUCCUCCGACCAGGGGAGGUGACACCAGGACUAUCUCAGGUGGAAUAUGCACUUCGUAGACACAAACUGAUGUCUCUGAUCUACACGGAAGCACAGGAGCAAAGUGGGACAGACCAGACGGUGGUUGUGCUCUCCAAUCCUACGUACUACAUGAGCAAUGACAUUCCCUACACUUUCCACCAAGACAACAAUUUCCUGUACCUGUGUGGAUUCCAAGAGCCUGAUAGCAUUCUGGUCCUUCAGAGCCUGCCUGACAAGGAGUUACCAUCACAUAAAGCCAUGCUUUUUGUGCCUCGGAGAGACCCCAGUCGAGAACUUUGGGAUGGUCCUCGAUCUGGCACGGAUGGAGCAAUAGCUCUAACUGGAGUCGAUGAAGCCUAUACACUAGAAGAAUUUCAACAUCUAGUACCAAAGCUGAAAGCUGAGUCGAACAUCAUUUGGUAUGACUGGAUGAAGCCUUCUCAUGCACAGCUUCACUCUGACUACAUGCAGAGUGUGACUGAGGCCAAAGCCAGGAGCAAGAACAAGGUUCGGGGAGUUCAGCAUCUGGUACAGCGCCUCCGGCUAAUCAAAUCUUCUGCAGAAAUUGAGAGAAUGCAGAUUGCUGGGAAGCUGACAUCACAGGCUUUCAUAGAAACCAUGUUUGCCAGUAAAGCCCCUGUGGAGGAGGCCUUUCUUUAUGCCAAGUUUGAAUUUGAAUGCCGGGCUCGUGGUGCAGACAUCUUAGCCUACCCACCUGUGGUUGCUGGUGGUAAUCGGUCGAACACUUUGCACUAUGUGAAGAAUAAUCAACUCAUCAAGGAUGGGGAAAUGGUGCUACUGGAUGGAGGUUGUGAAUUUUCCUGCUAUGUGAGUGACAUCACCCGUACCUGGCCUGUCAAUGGCAGGUUCACCGCAGCUCAGGCAGAACUCUAUGAAGCUGUUCUAGAGAUCCAGAGGGCUUGUCUGUCCCUCUGCUCCCCUGGGACAAGCUUGGAGAAUAUCUACAGCAUGAUGUUGACGCUAACAGGACAGAAACUUAAAGAGUUGGGGAUCAUGAAGAACAGCAAAGAAAAUGCUUUCAAGUCUGCUCGAAAAUACUGCCCUCACCAUGUAGGCCAUUACCUUGGGAUGGAUGUCCAUGAUACUCCAGACAUGCCCCGUUCUCUCCCUCUGCAGCCGGGUAUGGUGAUCACAAUUGAACCAGGCAUUUAUAUUCCAGAGGAUGACAGAGAUGCUCCAGAGAAGUUUCGAGGUCUUGGUGUGCGAAUCGAGGAUGAUAUAGUGGUGACUCAGGACUCCCCUCUCAUCCUUUCUGCAGAUUGUCCCAAAGAGAUAAAUGACAUUGAGCAGAUCUGCAGCAGAACCUCAUGACCCCCAUUGCAACUCAGAUGCAUCUCAGGUUCAAAACAGGCAUGCAGGCAUCCCUGCAUUUGUGCAUUCUGAGUCUCCAUGCAUAUUUAUGCACAUGUUUUAUUUGGGAGUGCAGCAGCUAUAUAUGAUGUGUGUAAUCAUUACAUGGGCUUUUCUAAGUAGAUGGAAAAAUAGAAAAGUGAAUUUUGGAAUGAUUUCUCACUGUGACUUUAGUAACAUUAAUUCUGUAGAAUUAAUGAUCCAAACAAGUUUAAUUUUUAAAUGUAAAAUAAGGUCUUGGUUAUAUAUGUCAUUUCAUUCCAAUUAACACAUUUAAACAUAGGGAAAAUUCUCUUCUCUCUAGGUCCUUUCUUUUCUUUACUUUCACUGAUGUCAUAAGAUAUAUGAUGCCUGUAUUUUGAGCUAAUCACCAGGGUCUCUGCCUGUGCUGAGAACUACAUGUCAGUGACUUUAGAUGGCCAGCACGUACCUUUCAUAACUCCUGCCUCCAUAUUCCAUAUUCUGCUUAUGUACUGGAGCCACAUGAACUUGCAGGGUCACUGGCAUCCUUUCCAUUCAGCCACAGUCCAGAUUCAGCAACAUGAGCUAUUCAACAAAAUAGUUUUGAAUCUUUCUUGCUAUUUGAUUCCUGAGCCCUAGAAAGUGUUUAGAUUUUUCAUAAGGAAGAAAACGGAACAGAAAGAAAAGAAUAUGUAUGUCUCUUACAGAUCCAGACUUCCAACUAUUUGUUCUCUUCAAUUUAAAAAUGAUUCCUUUCCCAGGCAUCCCUGAUUCCUUUAUAAGUUUUUUGUUGUUGUUGUUAUUGUUAUUGGUUUUGAGAUAAGUUGUUUACCUAGGCUGGUCUUAAACUUUAGGGCUUAAGUGAUCCUCCCAUCUCAGCCUCCAGAGUUGUUGGCAUGCCACUGUAC